GAGGUAGUUUAAUGUCAGUGCGAGGAACACCCAAUAGGGUAACUCAUCGGCUACUCGCGUUUAUAAUGACGUUAUUCCUUCGUAUUUUCUAAUACUAGAGUAUUAGUCAUUUACCUUAGUACUUCUAUUAGCGAAAUUUAUCAGGUGUUACUUCUCGGUGUAAAUAAUUCAUACAAAUCAUAAUACGCCUACAGCUUCAGAAUGCUUCAAGUAUUAGUUUGACAUGUACUCAACAUAACGCCUUUCGCAAACUAUCCAUAAAGAUCUGAUGCUGUAACAAGUUUAAUUAUUGAACAGAUGGCUACAUAUUUGUGCCCAAAUCAACAGAAACAAAACAGUGAGACAACUACAGUCACCCGCCUCCAUCACGUAAUUCUUCAAACUCAACCUCGUUCCAAAUUAUCCGGGUAUACUCUUUUCCCUCGUCUUUUGGGUCGACAGAUGGUUUCAGAAGAUCAGACAAGGAUGGUUGCAGACUGUGAUGAAGUUUAUCCAGGCAUCUUCAUAGGAGAUGAAAGAGCAGCCAGGAAUAAAACAUACCUUAAACAAUUUGGCAUCACUCAUGUUGUUAAUACUGCAGAAGGUUCUGGUUUUGGUCAAGUGAACACAGGAAGAAGCUAUUACCAUGGUACCAACAUCCAGUACCUUGGUAUGAAUGUACUAGAUAUUCCACAAGCUCGCAUUUCUGAUCACUUUGAAGAAGCAGUCAAUUUUAUAGAUUUUGCUUUAAAAAAUGGAGGAAAAGUAUUAGUUCAUUGUCUCAUGGGUGUAUCACGAUCAUCAACUAUAACCAUUGCCUACCUCAUGAUGAAAAAAGGAAUGAAUGCUGAAGAAUCAUUACGUAUGAUACGAAAUAUUAGAGAUGUAAGACCCAAUGCAGGAUUUUUACACCAGUUAGUUGAAUUAGAAGCAAAACUAAAAUCUCAACAGUAGGAGUGAUAAGUAAGUAAUUUCAUAUAUUAGUAAUUACCUACCUUUGACAAUAUAUGUGGAAAAAAAAAGGUAUGUUAAUCUGCAGGAAUUGUAAGGCUCAAUGUACUGUAUCUUUAACAGUAAGCUUGGUACAUUAGAAAAUUUUAGGUAUGAUUGUCAGCCCAGAAAGUGGUGUCUUACUUAUAAAUAAAUUAUAGAAGACACAGUUGCUAUAUUAGUUUGAGUACAUAAAUUAAACUUUAGGUUUGAGAACCUUAAAAUUGGAUACAAAUAAACAAAAGUAAAAAAUUAUUACCACUAUCAAAUUAAAAAAAAAUCCUCACAUUAAUGCAGAACUAUAUAAAGCAUAACUUCUACAGCUGAGUUUUUAUAGAGUAUUACUUUAUAUUUACACUCGCAUCUUCACAUACUUUGUUUUCAAAAUAUUUUUCUCUUAUAAAAUAUGUAUUGAAACAUGAGUAAAGUAUGAGAAAACACAACUUGCUUAGUUUAUUUAUGUCGUUAUUGUGUAAGACUCAUUUGAAUUGUAUAAUGAACAAUGUUUUUUUUGCAUGCUAAUAUUAGAUUAUCCAAGCUUCGUGAACAUUCACGUAACAAGAACUUGCGUACAUUUCAUUUUAUCAGUUUCAACAUUUGUGAUAUCGAUGCUUAAGAAAUUUUGCAACAUAUUACUACUUUUGGGAUGUAAAUGGCAUCUUACAAAAAUAAUAUAAAAAGGGGCAAAAUAUAGGCAUAUUGUAAAUAAAUCAAGUUAAAUUAAUUCAUAGCAUUGUUACUCACUUUUACAUUUAAGAACGAAAGGCAAAUAAUGAUGAUUUAAUUAUGAAGAUUUUGUCGUUGUUUUUACAAUAUAAUAUAUACAUUUUUCAGUAGGCUUUGAAGGAAAUAACAUGUAAUGUAAGGGGUAAAACUUUUAUCAUUGGUAAUUAUGAUGGCUUUACGUGUAGGUCAGUGUAAAUUUAAUACACUGUUCAAAUUUUUAAAAAUGUGUGCCACCUAGUCAAGUGUAUACUUAUUUUUGUUAAAAAUCAAUAAUAAAUACCAAUAAUUUUGUUUGGGUAGUUACUUUGAUCACAGUAAAGCAAUUCAUUGGUUUUAAUAAGUUAUGUAAGUUUCAGUAAGAUAUAUAAAUUUGUGGAUGUAGAAGUUGGUUUAAUUUUUACAUUUAUAUAUGUGAAUAUUUUGAGAAUUCUGUAUUAUUCAAUAUUAACAUGUUUUGUGCAAAUAUGGCUUUCAGUAAAAGACAUUUUGAAGUUUAACUAUCUAAAAUUAUUCUACAGUUUUCUUAGUUAAUUACAUCAUAAUAAAUAUACGACUACAAAAUAUAAAACUCAAAACUCAGAAAAACACAUCUCAAAAUUUUAAGUUUGUUAAAUAUGAGUUGAAAAACAUAUUUUUGGUAAGUAUUAGUGUCAGAGAAGAAUUUCCCAGAAAAAUAGUAGUGUUAAACACCCUAACAUGAAAUUUAAUGUUCAUAUGAAAGCUAAAGUGUAAAUUUGCAUAUCUUCCAUAGACUUCUCAAGUUGCUAGUUAGGAUGUUAGAAGAAAAAAGAAAAUCGAUUUAAACUUUUUAAAAAUGGUUUCAUCUAUCCGUCCACAGAAGAAAUAAAAACAUUUCUUUCGCAAAAAUCAUUAUUAAGAUUUUUACAUUAAAAAUGGAGAAUUAAUUGUGAUUUUAAUUAAAAACCAAAUCAAGGAAAAAUUGUCAAUAGUGUAUAUUUGUGUAUUCUGUAUCUAAAAGUCAAAAAUUGUAAGUCUGGAAACAGAAAGCAUUAUAUAUGUACCAACAAUGAAAAAAACCUGUUAUUAAAAUUUCAUGCUUAUUAGAGUUAAGGAAAUUACGACUGUGAUGUUACCAUUUUGCCAGCAAUUGUAAAUUAAUGGACAAUUACUCCAAAUAAAGUCUUCCUGACAGUUUGUCAUCA